CACAGUGUAUUUGUGUGGCUGGAUCCACUUCCACGAAUUCGAACAUCCAAUCAAAAUCCCCAACACUCAUCUUCACUUUGCUUACGUGGCAUCCUCUUCACCACUCUCUCUCUCUCUUUCUCUUUUCUCCUAGCACAGGCACCUCUCUUUUGAUCUUCUUCUCAAACUCAUCAAUGGCGACACCUUCUUCUCUCUCCACAUCUCUCUUGAAACCAGACCUCCUUUUUCGAGGUUCCAGCAACUCCAGGAAGCUUCGAUUCGUAAAGGAUAGCAAUCGCGCUUAUAAAUCGAGCUUGAGAGUGAAAAUCAGGGCUGUGAAGAGUGAAGAAGCUGUGAUUGAAGGUGUUGGACUAAAUGGAAACGGCAGUUAUAAGUAUAAUGGAAAUGGAAAUGGAAAUGGAAGCUUGGUUAAAUAUGUUAAUGGAAAUGGAGGCGUGGGGAGUAAUGGAGAGGUUCCGAAACAGAAGAAGAAGAAGAGUGUUGAGGAAAUAGGGCAGGAGGAUGCUUGGUUCAAGGAAAAUAAUCCUAGCCAGCCUCAGGUGUCUGUUACCCCUGGAGGUCGUUGGAGUAGAUUCAAAACCUAUUCAACUAUACAAAGGACUUUGGAAAUAUGGGGAUUUGUUUUGACUUUCGUCUUCAGAGUUUGGCUGGAUAAUCAGAAGUUCUCUUAUCGUGGUGGAAUGACUGAACCAAAGAAAGUGCAAAGACGGAAAGUUCUGGCCAAAUGGCUAAAAGAAAGUAUAUUGAGAUUAGGUCCUACUUUCAUCAAAAUUGGACAGCAGUUUUCUACAAGAGUGGAUAUACUAGCCCAAGAAUAUGUGGAUCAACUGUCAGAGCUUCAGGAUCAAGUUCCUCCUUUCCCAUCAGAAACUGCAAUUUCUAUACUUGAAGAGGAACUUGGAGGGCCAGUCGAUGAUAUUUUUGACCAUUUUAGCUAUGAGCCAAUAGCUGCUGCUAGUCUGGGUCAGGUCCAUCGUGCAAAAUUAAAGGGUCGUGAAGUAGUAUGCAAAGUGCAAAGACCUGGUCUCAAGGAUCUCUUUGACAUUGAUCUAAAAAACCUCAGGGUCAUAGCAGAAUAUCUCCAGAAGGUCGACCCUAAGUCUGAUGGGGCAAAAAGGGAUUGGGUUGCUAUCUAUGAUGAGUGUGCUAAUGUCUUAUAUCAGGAGAUUGAUUACACAAAGGAAGCAGCUAAUGCAGAAUUAUUUGCAAGUAACUUUAAAGAUAUGGAUUACGUAAAAGUUCCUACAAUAUACUGGGAAUACACUACACCACAGGUUUUGACAAUGGAAUAUGUACCAGGGAUCAAGAUAAACAGGAUACAAGCUUUAGAUCAGUUGGGUGUUGAUCGCAAAAGGUUGGGCAGAUAUGCUGUUGAAUCAUACCUGGAACAGAUUUUAUCUCAUGGUUUUUUCCAUGCUGACCCUCAUCCAGGUAAUAUUGCUGUAGAUGAUGUCAAUGGUGGGCGGCUAAUAUUUUACGAUUUUGGAAUGAUGGGAAGUAUAAGUCAAAAUAUUAGAGAGGGCCUGUUGGAGGUAUUCUAUGGAGUAUAUGAAAAGGAUCCAAACAAGGUUCUUGACGCGAUGGUUCAAAUGGGUGUUCUUGUUCCUACUGGGGACAUGACUGCUGUUAGACGAACUGCACAAUUUUUUUUAGUUAGCUUUGAGGAGCGCCUUGCAGCGCAAAGAAAAGAGAGGGAAUUGGCAACAGCUGAGCUUGGGUUUAAAAAGCCAUUGAGCAAGGAAGAAAAAAUAGAAAAGAAAAAGCAAAGACUAGCUGCAAUAGGGGAAGACCUAUUAGCCAUUGCUGCAGAUCAACCAUUCCGUUUUCCAGCCACGUUUACUUUUGUUGUUAGAGCAUUUUCAGUGUUAGACGGAAUUGGCAAGGGACUUGACCCUAGAUUUGACAUCACUGAGAUAGCAAAACCAUAUGCACUGGAGCUGCUUAAAUUUCGUGAAGCUGGUGUUGAAGUCAUCAUAAAGGACUUCAAAAAGAAAUGGGAUCGACAGUCUCAGGCAUUUUAUAACUUAUUUAGACAGGCUGAUAGAGUUGAAAAGCUUGCUCAGACAAUUGAACGUUUGGAGCAAGGUGAUUUGAAGCUCCGAGUUCGAGCUCUGGAAUCUGAGAGGGCCUUCCAGCGUGUUGCUACUGUUCAGAAAACUAUUGGAAGUGCAGUAGCUGCUGGAAGCCUGAUAAACCUAGCAACAAUUUUGCAUAUCAACUUAAUUCGGGGCCCUGCAACUGUGGCAUAUUUUUUCUGUGCCUAUUUUGGCUUGCAAGUCCUCAUUGGCCUGUUGAAGGUUAAAAAGUUUGAUCAGCGAGAGAUGCUGAUAACAGGAACUGCCUAAUAAAACUAAUGUAUAUAUUCAAAUAUUCGGAAGCGAUCUGCUGCAGAAGUUUUGGCAUGAAAUCUUCAAGGAGUAAUUCAGGCUCUUACUGAAAAUGCCAAAUGAGAGCGUUUGUAGAUACACGGCAGCAUUUCCAAGCUCUAAGAGAUGGCAGAAUCAACUGAAUUUUGUGUGAAAUCUUUUGAGUCUAUGCAGCUGAGAAGUUUUACUGCUUGUAAUUGUUGUGGGGACGCCUAAAGGAUAAGUAAUUCAGUCAUAGAGGAAUUCAAAUUAACAAUUUUGGAACCAAAUAUCAACUGGAAUAGUUGAAUACUAUCAGUGAUCCCGCGACUCCAACUAGUCUUUACAUAUAUGUCAGUUUGCUGUGGGGUCUUUCUCAUUAUUGUGUUGGACACAAUAGGCUGCUCUUACCUUCUUAACUCUGAUGUAGAUAAUCUUCUGUACAAAUUCAUUUUCUUUUAUGGGUAGUAGUAUAGCCUCUGCCCCAAGUCCAGGCUCAGUUUUCGAAGAUUGUGUAUAAUACAUCAUAAUGAUUUAUUGUAAUAUCAUUAUCAUCAUAGAGAUACAGAUGGAUUCCUAUCAUUUUUUAUUUUUAAA